AAGGAAAAACAAUGGACCCACCUCAGCAAAUGUCAUUACUUCGCUUUCAAGACCAAUCUAAUUUCCUGUCCAAAUUGUAGUUGGCAUUACCAACUUUAUCUUCUUCAAGCAUAAACCUACUGACAGAAACUUUCAAGUUCUGUAAUGGAAGAAUAGAAUCUAAUAUUUUUAUAGACAUGGGUAAUUGCGUUCCAACUCAAAAAAGCACAGAACCAGCUGCUGCCAUGAAGCUUCAAGACUCUGUCAAUCAUUCUCAAGAAAACACAGUCCAAACUGAAUCCCUUACUGAGGAAGAAGAAUUCAAUUCCAAGCUUAAAUUCACUACUCCAGUUCCUUGUGAAACGAGUAUUCAAGAUUUGAGUAAUAGAGAGGAAAUGUAUUUUGAUUCUGAGCCUUGGCUGGAUUCUGAUGUUGAAGAUUUCCUCAGUGUCAAUGGAGAUUUGACCCCAUUAGGUAACUCUAGUCCUCUUCAUCAGAGCAACUUGACAACCACUCCUCCCUGUGAAGAAUCUACUUGCAUUGACAAGACUGAAAACCCAAUUCCUCAAACUUCUCAAAUUGAUAUGAAGAAGCAACUGAUCGAGUUCUUUCGCGAAAGCUUCAACAAUAAUGGCAAUCAAAAUAAUAUACAAGCCAAAGCAGAAUCAAAGCCUUCCGAAUGCAGAAAUACAAAUCCAAAUAAACAAGAACGUUCUGCUCAAUGUUGUCUUCCAAAUUUGGUGGGAAGCCUUAGCUUUAGUGAAAGGAAAAAGAAAAGAGGCUGAGCUCUGAAAAUAAUAGAGGUUGGUAAUUAAUACAAACUCUUCAUUUCCUCUAUACGUGUUAGUGAAACAUGAAGUGGGUUUUGUAUGUAUAAAUAUAUUGUGUAAGAUCAUAUGAAGCUUUACUACUAAUACUUGAUCAAAAUUAUGAAAGUUCCAACUGUUAACUUUUUGUUUAAGUGGUUAUGGAUGGGUUUUCAUUUUUA